AUGGCCAGCACGUUAAGCCCCAGCACCAUGACUGGGACCCUGGGUCCUCCUGAGAUGUCAGAGCGCAUCCAAAAUGCUGCUGACAUCUCUGUCAUUGUCAUCUAUUUCAUGGUGGUGAUGGCUGUCGGGCUGUGGGCAAUGCUGAAGACCAACCGGGGCACUGUUGGAGGCUUCUUCUUGGCUGGUCGAGAUAUGACCUGGUGGCCGAUGGGCGCCUCUCUCUUCGCCAGUAAUAUCGGCAGUGGCCACUUUGUGGGGCUGGCUGGGACGGGAGCAGCUUCAGGAAUCGCCACUGCAACAUUUGAAUGGAAUGCUUUGCUGCUGUUGCUGGUUCUAGGAUGGUUCUUUGUCCCCAUAUACAUCAAGGCAGGGGUGAUGACUAUGCCAGAAUAUCUGAGGAAGAGGUUUGGUGGGAAGCGACUCCAGAUCUACCUCUCUGUCCUCUCCCUCUUCAUCUGUGUGGCUCUGAGAAUCUCAUCAGACAUAUUUUCUGGAGCCAUAUUCAUCAAGCUGGCCUUGGGAUUGGACCUUUACCUGGCAAUCUUCAUCCUCUUGGCUAUAACUGCUAUUUACACGAUCACUGGGGGCUUGGCCUCAGUUAUUUACACAGACACCCUCCAGACCAUCAUCAUGCUGAUCGGUUCCUUUAUUCUCAUGGGGUAUGCAUUUGCUAAAGUGGGAGGCUAUGAGAGUUUUACAGAGAAGUACAUGAAUGCCAUCCCAUCCAUAGUUGAGGGGGACAACCUGACAAUCAAUCCCAAGUGCUACACUCCUCAGGCUGACUCCUUUCACAUCUUCCGAGAUGCUGUCACUGGAGAUAUUCCAUGGCCAGGAAUGAUAUUUGGAAUGACCAUUGUUGCUGUGUGGUACUGGUGCACAGAUCAGGUUAUUGUGCAGCGCUGCCUAUCAGGCAAGAACAUGUCUCAUGUGAAAGCUGCCUGCAUCAUGUGUGGGUACCUGAAGCUGCUGCCCAUGUUCCUCAUGGUAAUGCCAGGAAUGAUCAGCCGCAUCCUAUACACAGAGAAGGUGGCCUGUGUUGUACCUUCUGAAUGUGUGAAACAUUGUGGCAUUGAAGUCGGUUGUACUAACUAUGCCUACCCAGUGAUGGUGCUGGAACUGAUGCCUGAUGGACUGCGAGGUCUGAUGCUGUCAGUCAUGUUGGCCUCUCUCAUGAGCUCCAUGACCUCCAUCUUCAACAGUGCUAGCACCCUCUUUACCAUGGACCUGUACACCAAGAUUAGGAAACAGGCAUCAGAGAAAGAGCUUCUUAUAACAGGACGGCUAUUUAUCAUUCUAUUAAUUGCCAUCAGCAUUUUGUGGGUCCCAUUAGUGCAGGUAUCUCAAAAUGGACAACUAUUCCAUUAUAUAGAAUCAAUUUCUAGCUACCUUGGGCCUCCAAUUGCGGCUGUCUUCCUGCUUGCCAUCUUCUGUAAAAGAGUCAAUGAACAGGGAGCCUUCUGGGGUCUAGUCAUUGGACUUGUGAUUGGCCUUAUUCGCAUGAUUGCAGAGUUUGCCUAUGGAACAGGAAGUUGCUUGGCUGCCAGUGACUGUCCCAAGGUCAUCUGUGGAGUGCACUAUCUGUACUUUGCCAUCAUCCUCUUUUUCGUUUCCAUACUAGUUGUCCUGGGAAUUUCCCUGUUAACAAAACCCAUUCCUGAUGUACAUCUGUAUCGUCUGUGCUGGGCUCUUCGGAAUAGUACAGAGGAACGAAUUGAUUUAGAUGCAGAAGAGAAAAGACAUGAGGAAGUUGAUAAUGAUGUUGAUGAAGAUAAUCCUGAGGAACCUCAUGGAUGUCUCAAGAAGGCUUAUGACUUAUUCUGUGGUUUGCAGAAGAAAAGCCCCAAGUUGAGCAGAGAGGAGGAAGAAGCCCAGAAAAAGAAGUUGACAGACACAUCUGAGAAGCCUUUAUGGAGGGCUAUAGUGAAUGUCAAUGCCAUUCUUCUCCUGGCAGUGGCUGUCUUUGUCCAUGGGUAUUUUGCCUGAACUCUAUCUAAGCCACUAAAUAUUUAUUAAGCAAAGGAUAAUUUUAUUGAUUUUUUCACUUUUAGAGUUUGUUGUGUUUCAGAAGGGAGAUAAUUUCAAAAGGGAUGAAGCAGUGGGUAAUUUUAUCAUAUGAGAUGACUAGACUAUAGACCUGAUUUUUAGUUUUGUUGUUCUUUUAUGUCAAUUAAAAAAAGAGUUGAUAAUUUAGAAAGCCAGGGAGAUGACUCUAUAUUUUUGUGUAAACUAGAAGCAUUGUGUCUAAAUUUUUUUAUAGCUCACCAGGUAGAUUUCCCUACCUUACAUUUGCUUUCUAUUCCUGAG